UAUAUGCAAGUAUAUCUCUCUCCAUUAAUGGCCAAAGUUCAUCCAACAUCUUCUUCUUCAUCAUCAUCAUCUUUGUAUUCUCCAUUGAUGAGUUCUGAAAGACAAGUAUUCACCAUUUGGAUGAAGUCUCUAGUCUUGAAUGGCUAUGGUUGCACUAUCUAUGACUCCAAAGGCCUUGUAGUCUACCGUAUGGAUAACUAUGAUUCUAAAUCCAGUCAUGAAGUUUUCUUCAUGAAUUCAUCUGGCAAAACUCUCUUCAAAAUACUCAAAAAGAAUGUUGGGGUGUUUGGGCAAUGGAGAGGGUAUAGAAGUGGAAGUGGAGAAGAAGGUAUGGAAGUGGAGGAGAAGAAGCCAUGGUUCACUGCAAAGAAAGUUUUGAGAAUUGUAAAAAGAGAUGGAAAAUCAUGGGGAGUUACAGUGAUGGUUGGAAGUGGGAAUGAUGGUGAUGAACACUGUUGUUAUAAGAUUCAUGGUUCUUAUCAUAAUAAAGGUUAUAAGAUUACUAACUUUGUUGGAGAUCUCAUUGCUGAGGUGAAAAGAAAAGAAACAGAGAAAGGAGUUGUGCUUGGAGAGGAUGUGUUGAAUUUGGUGAUUGAGCCAAAUUCAGACCAGAUGUUGAUCAUGGGACUUGUUGUAGUUUGUGGUCUCACAAAUCAUAGCUUGUGAAAAUAUAUAUAUAUAUUUUUAUUUUUUUGGAAGAUAAUAUAGUUUGAAUAGAGAUAGUAACAAAGACAAAAAAAUUGGCCGCCUCUUAUAACUUAUUGGUACUGAAUCUUUUGUAUAGAAUAUAUAUAUAUAUUUUUAGAA